UCCUCCUCCAUCAAAGUCCCUCUUGAACACUCGCCCAUCUCCAACAUCACCAUCCAACGCAGUUUGAGACCAUUGGAAAUAUUCUCUCUCUUUGACCUCAUCCUUGCGCCACUGCCGGACGUACCCUCUCCUCUCCCUCCACUCCCAGCCUACCUCAACCCCGCACGAUGGCGCCCAAGGGUCCGUACAAGCUGGUGACGGUCAACACCGCCCCCGAGCGGGCGAAGCGGCUCGUCGGGCGAGUCGUCGAGGAGCUCAAAGACCGCUACACGAUCGUGCACGUCGCCAACUGCGAGAAGAUUGAGGAAGUCGAAGGCAAGGUGAAGGAGCACCAGCCAGAUGUCCUUUUUUGCGCAUCCAUGUGGACGGCGGAGGAGGCGGACCAGAUCCUCACCACGGCGAGGACGCUGAGGCCGGGCAUCAAGACGCAUGCGAUCCCCCACGGCCUGCAGGUCGAGAGGGGCCCCGAUGCGAUUGUCGAGCACUUGCUCGAAAAGGUUCCCCAGCUACUUGAGGAGUAA